AUGGAGACUGCGGAUGGAGAGAGCGAAUUGUUAUGUUGUUUAGCUCGUUUGUGCUUCACUUGUUCUGACCCCGGCGGUAAAUGUGAUUCCUUUUUGUUCCCUAUUUUGCCAAACAUUAUCCUCAUUUCACUCGCUGCACGUCGAACUCUCGUGUUAUCACUCAUAGCCACAUGGGUUGGAGGUGGUUACAUAAACGGAACCGCAGAAAACACUUUCAAUCCGGACCAGGGUUUGGUCUGGUGCAUUGCACCAAUCGGAUAUGCCGCUAGUCUGGUUGUCGUCAAAAGUGCUCUUGUGCUUGAGGUGCUAUCACCCGAGGAACGCCAACACCUAGAAUCUUUUGUGCAAUCGAUCGAGGAGAAACGGGUGGAAUGUAAACGUCAAAUACUACAGAAAUUGAUUAAUCCAAUGAAACACGCCAGUGGUCUUUUCUUUGCAAAUCGAAUGCGAUCGCUCGGGUUUGUGACUAUGCUCGAUCCGUUCCAGAAUAAAUUUGGUGAACGCAUGUGCGGUUUGCUAUUUAUCCCGGCUCUUUUGGGCGAGGUGUUCUGGACUGCGGCCAUCCUAUCGGCAUUGGGUGCCACGCUGGGUGUGAUAGUGGAACUUGAUCAACGAACUUCCGUCAUUGUGUCCGCGUGUAUAGCCCUCCUCUACACGUUGUUUGGAGGCCUGUACUCGGUGGCUUACACGGAUGUGGUUCAGCUAUUUUGCAUUUUUAUCGGUCUGGUAAGUCACUUGUUGAGUUUUCUGUUCCUUUGGGUCAAAGUGAAGCAAUGCACGCUGAUUCCACUAUCCUAG